AUGAUGGACAUCCUCCAUACGUACCUCCCGCCCGCGACGCGCCCGCGGCCCCCUCGAGGCUACCCUCCGUACGUCUGGACGAUCCCUACGCCGACCUACUUUCGCUUCCUCCGCUACCAUAUUAACCGGUUCGCCCUCGGCUUCGAGCUCGUCUACGCCCGCGCGCUCCCCUACGCGACUACUAACUCGGCCCUGCGAGACCUAUACGUCCGCCGCGGUGGUGCCGUCCGUGACUUCUUCGACUACGAGCGGCGACUCGACCUCGCCCUCCGUCUCCUCGAGGAAUACGUCGACUACUUUCGGAUCGACACCCUCUAUACGGUCGAGCACGACAUCCUCCCCGACUACGUCGAGGAGGCCCUACAGAGCCCGGGCCCCUUCUACCACGAAUACUUUCGCCGCAUUAUGUCGACUAAGCGUAUCUAUACCGUCACCGGCAAUAAAUCCGACUUUAAGGACCCCCGCCGACUCGUGCAGUACCUCUUCGACUGGGACGACGAGUUCGUCCGGCUCUACUGGGACUAG